AUGCUUGCUCAGCCGCCAAAAGAUCGUUCCCGGUCACCGCAUCGUACCAAUGGGACAACUUCCAACUCAACCGCAAACAAGACUUUGCCGAAUCAAACUGAUGAGCAAACAACGGCGAAUAAUAAAAUAAAAAAAGAAAACGACUCUCAAUUACGCAUGAAAAGUCUGAAAUUAUUUAUUCAAACAUUAAUGAAUGAUUCAUCGUCACUUGGUUCGACGUACGAUGAACAAGUGAAGAAACUAGAAACUACUUGUAUGAAAGAAUUUCGGGAUUUAUCUCAUGAACGAAUACGUCGAAUGAUUCGUAGUGUUUUCAAAGGACAAAAAUCACCUCAAAAUCAUCCGACGACAACAUCACAUUCCAAUGAAACAAAUCCGAAAAAGAAUCGAUCGAACUCAACAUCAACCAUUACAACAACGAAAACUUCUGAUCUUGUCACACCUUCGACAUCGGCAUUAUCAGCAUUGGAUGCUGAUUUCCUUCGUCAUGCAUUUUCCUCGCAAUUUUGUCCAUCGAUUGAUUUAUCCGCGUAUUUCUCUGCUGCAGCGUCGACGCCGAACUCAAAUGGUACUAGUUCACCAUCAUCUCUCUUUCGUCCGAAUUUUUCUCCGUCAAACUUUCUUCAAUCACUAACUGCACCACCGCCGCCACUUGUUCCAUCUCAUCCACAUAUGAAUGGAACAACAGAAUCAUCAACAAGUAUAACGAAGUCGUCAAAACAAAUGAAACUAUCAAACACAGAAACGAGCUCAAUUAAAGUUCUGGUUAACGCAUAUCGAGAAGCUGCUUCAUAUUUAAAUCGAUCUGCCGAUGAACUUGAACAAUUGAUCUAA